GGAAACUAAUGAAUUGUUGCAAUUCAUUUUAUUUUCCUUGCACACAACUAAAAUCCACAUGAAUCUCUCAAAUAGAGAAUUAAAUGAAUUGUAUAUGCCGUUUUUAUUCCCCACAAUCUUCAUUUGAUUGAUUGCACAUUUGAGAGGAAAUGAAUUCAACAAAUUGUGGAAAUGGAUCUGCUGAAGAGGAAGUGUACAAUGCUCAAAGGGUGAAGAAGCAAUACCAUCGUCACUCCUCCCAACAAAUUCAGCAACUUGAAGAUUUCUAUAAGGAAUACCCUCACCCUGAUCGGAACCAAAGGCAGCAAUUGAGCCGGGAAUUAGGCCUCGACCAGAAGCAGAUCAAGUUCUGGUUUCAGAAUAAGAGAACUCAGAUUAAGGCUCAGAAUGAAAAGGCAGACAACAACGUUCUCCGGUCCCAAAACGAGAAGAUUCAUUUUGAGAAUCUCGCGAUGCAAGAAGCGUUAAGGACCGUUGUUUGUCCAGCAUGUAACGCUACAUCUCUCGCCGAUGAAGAUAAAUCCCACAUUUUGCACGCACUCAGGAUGGAAAACGCGCGCUUGAAACAAGAGUAUCAGCAAACAAUGGACUACUUUUCCAACUACGCAGUGGACUCUCUUAAGAAACACUCUCUAGGAGAAGGGGUGGGAGUUAGUCCUCAAGAAGAUUAUGGGCAUAUGCCUCCACAUUCCGAGAAUCUCGUACCACCACAUGACUCGACUGGAACGCAGGAUCUGGACAAAUCUAGCCUCAUUGAGGCAGCAUGUGGUGCCAUGAAUGAGCUUAUUGAACUUUUUCAUGUGAACGAGCCACUGUGGAUCAAGUCCAUGGGAGAAGGGAGGUAUACUCUGCAUCGUGACAGUUACGAUAAGCUUUUUCCCAGAUCAAGUCACUUGAAAACUACAAGUGCUCGGUUUGAAUCGUCCAAGGAUUCAGCUGAGGUGGACAUGGCUGCAAUACAUUUAACUGAAAGGCUUCUUGAUGUGGAUAAAUGGAAGGACAUGUUUCCAACUAUUGUCAUCAAGGCGAGGAUCAUUAAAUCGAUCGAUACAGGGAUCAUGGGUGGCUUGUUGCACCUGAUGUAUGAAAAGAGGCACAUUUUGUCACCUCUUGUGGCUCCUCGAGAAUUCUUCUUCAUUCGCUACUGUCGACAGCUUAACUCAAGCACUUGGAUGAUGGUAGAUGUAUCUUAUGAUUUUAUCAAAGAGCUCCAAGACGUUGAUCCUAUGCGUUCAUGGAAGCUUCCUUCAGGAUGUAUGAUUCAAGAUAUGUCAAACGGAAAAUCAGCUGUUACAUGGAUUGAACAUGUUCAAGUGGACGACAAAUCAUUGACUCAUCGUAUGUAUAGAGACUUGGUGUGCAACGGCCAAGCAUACGGAGCCAAAAGGUGGACUACUUCACUCAAGAGGAUGUGUGAGAGAUUUGCAUUCUCGAUGGGAAUAACUACGAAGCCUAAACAUGAACUUGAAGGGGUCAUUAGCUCACUAGAAGGAAAACAAAACGUAAUGAAGCUCUGUCAUAGAAUGGAGAAGAGCUUCUGUGAAGUAUUGAGCAUGUCAGACAAACUUGAUUUCCCACAGCUGUCUGAUCAAAGUAGUGGAGUUCGAGUCUCGCUUAGGAGAAGUAAUGGAGCCGGCCAACCUGAGGGCUUCAUCGUCAGUGCAGCAACCUCGCUCUGGCUUCCCCUUUCGAAAGAGAAUCUCUUUAACUUCUUCAAAGAUGAGAACAAAAGAGCUGAGUGGGAUGUGUUAUCGAGUGGGAAUCCUGUGCAUGCCGUGGCUUGCAUCCCAACCGGGAUAAAUCCCGGAAAUUGCAUCUCCAUCAUCCAGCCUUUUGUUCCGGAAGAAACGAAGAUGUUGAUGUUGCAAGAGAGUAGCAUGGACACACUGGGAGGAACAAUGAUCUAUACCCCAAUAGAUUUAGCAGCUAUGAUAUCGGUGGUGAAUGGCGAGGAGGCGAUGCAAGUUCCAAUCCUGCCGUCGGGAUUUAUCAUCUCCGACGAUGGCCGUGCUAGCAAAGGAGUUGGAUCACUCCUUACAGUUGCAUUUCAAAUACUGGUGUGUCGCAACACAUUAACAAAGCAACUAAAUAUGGAGUCUGUGGCGACGGUGCACACUCUUAUAAGCUCCACAGUUCAGAAGAUUAAAUUGGCACUUGAUUAUUCUGAUUAGAUUUAUCAACUAAUUAGGUGUUUCGCUUG